CGUCGGAACUUGCACAUGACAAAAAUUUGGCGUUCAAUGUCUUACAAACUUCGAAGUACAUUAAUUGGACAUGAGGCAGAUGUACGAGCUGUAGCUCCUGCUGUGUUCCCAGAGAAUGGCAUUCUAACAGUAUCCAGAGAUUUGAGCUGCCGUGUUUGGUCUCCAGAAGAUAGCAAUGACUUUAGAGAGGCACAUAUAUUCCAUGGUCACACUCGAUAUGUUGCUGCAGUAUGCACAAUGCCACCAACUGAUGAACAUCCUCAAGGUUUAGUUAUAACUGGUGGACAUGAUAACCUGGUGUUGGUUUUUGAUCUAACUUCACUAGAACCAAUUCAAAGAUUAGAAGGACAUACUGCAACUGUUUGCUCAUUAGAUGCUGGGAAAUGGGGAACUAUAUUGUCUGGAUCAUGGGAUAACACUGCCAGAGUAUGGAAUAGGGGAAAAACAGUGCUACAGCUAAGUGACCAUGAAGCUGCUAUCUGGUCUGUAAAAAUGAUUGAAGAUAAAGGUCUGAUGUUAACAGGUUCUGCAGAUAAAACUAUAAAGAUGUGGAAGGCUGGAAAAUGUGAGCGUACCUUCACUGGUCACAAAGACUGUGUACGAUGUUUAGCAAUACUUUCAGCUGAUGAGUUUUUAUCAUGUUCUAACGAUGGAACAAUUCGAAGGUGGAUUUUGUCAGGUGAUUGUAUUCAAAUAUAUGAAAGUCACACAAAUUUUGUGUACAGUGUUGCUGUUAUACCGAAUACUGCUAACAUGUUUGUGUCCUCUGGAGAAGACCGUACUGUACGAGUGUGGAAAGAUGAUUGUUGUAUUCAAACAAUAACUUUGCCUUGCCAAUCGGUAUGGUCGGUGUCAGCACUUCAAAAUGGAGAUAUCAUUGCAGGUAGCAGCGAUGCUGUGGCGAGAGUUUUCACUAGUGAUGAAAGGAGACAAGCUAGCGAUGAUAAAAUUAAGGAAUUUGAAGACAUUGUUGCAAAUCAAGCCAUUCCAGCUGCAGCUAGUUUAGAUUUAGGUGAAAUUAAGUUAGACCAGUUACCAGGACCAGAAGCUUUACUUAGACCAGGUAAGCGGAAUGAUGAAACUAAACUGGUUAAAAGAAACGGAAUCGUUGAAGCACAUCAGUGGGAUGCUGUAAAUGGUCGAUGGCAAAAGGUUGGUGAAGUAACAGGUGCUGCUGGUCAAGAGGGAUCUGAACGAACAGCUGGUAAAAAACUUUAUGGGGGAAAGGAAUAUGAUUACGUCUUUAAUGUGGAUAUAGAAGAAGGCAAACCUCCAUUGAAGCUGCCAUUUAAUGUUACAGAUGAUCCCUGGAUGGCUGCACAAACUUUUUUAGAAAAAAACAACAUCAGCCAGAUGUUUCUGGACCAGGUGGCAAAUUUCAUAAUAAAAAAUACCGAGGGUGUGACAUUGGGUGCUGCACCUCCACAAUAUUCUGAUCCGUUCACAGGGGGUGGAAGGUAUAUUCCAGGUACUACAUCAAGCACACAAGACGUAGCCAAUUCAGACCCUUUCACUGGUGCUGGAAUGUAUGUUCCCCAAAGUAGUUCAACCACGCAAAACACAUCUAGUGGAAUUGAUCCAUUCACAGGUAGUGGAAGAUAUGUCCCCCAAACUAACGUUCAAGCUGGGAUUACAUAUUUUCCUGAGAAGUCGUACCUGAAAUUUAGUGCUGGAAAAGCAGAGCAAAUCAUUUUAAAAAUGAAAGAAUUCAAUAUGCAGGUCGACCAGAACUUUCAAAUUACUGAAGAUGAAGUUAAUUCUCUGUCGGACGUUACAUCUAAAAUACUUCAAGGAUCAUCAGACAUUUCAUUGGAUGUUGCUACAUAUAUCUCAACAAUUUUUUCGAAGCUGAUACAGUGGCCGCAUGAUAAAUUACUACCAGUUUUGGAUACCGUGCGCAUACUUGUAUUGAAUGAAAAUCUAUCAAAUCACUUUAUAUUUCUUGAUGAACACGCAAAUACGUUUAUAGAUAACUUGUUGGGCAUAUGCAGACAAAGUGAUCAACCUACAAAUAGCAUGCUGAUAUACAGAACGUUCACAAAUGCAUUUACUCAUUCGAAAGGUGCAGGCGCUGUAUACAGAAAUCGAGAAAAAAUAGUGGAACAAUGUGAAGUUUUAUAUUUGAAAAAUCAUAAGAAUCUUAGUAUCAGUAUGUCGAGUUUUAUAGUCAAUUGUUGUGUAUAUUGUCGUAAUAGUAGUAUUGGUUUUGAAGAUAGAGUUCAACUAUGUACAUAUGUUAAUAAGUUUUUAUCUAAAGAGCAAGACGACAAUUCAAUAUUUCGACUUUUAGUUUCAUUAGGAACUUUGAUUAGCGACAACGAAGACAUGAUAAUGUUUGUAAAAACGCUCGAAUUAAAUUCUACCUUGCAGCUGCUAAAAGAACAGAUUAAUGUUGAAAAAGUAAAAGGAUGCAUCUUACAACUGGAGAAUUUGUUGUCGUGAAAAAACGUGUUUUGUUAUGUUCUAUUGUCUUCUUAGUAUUUUUUCCGAAUGUUAGACUCGUUAUUAAAAAAAAUCUCUCCUUUGCAAUAAAAAGAAACGUUUUCCCUAUGGACCAUGCAUAAAUGACUACAAUCCCCUUUCACCAAUCCGGCAACUUCUCACGCAUACCCACACACCCUCCUCCUUCCCCACUUUCUCCUCCUCCUUCCCUACUUUCAUAAAGUUUGUUAUUCGUCUGGUCUUCUUGUAGCUACGACAUUUGAUAAAAUAUGUUAAUAAAUCACACAAUGUUAAUUGUAAAUACACGUAUUUUUUUACAAGAAACCUGUUUGCACGAAACCGAGUAUAUAAAGCUUUGAAUUUUAAAAAAAACUUAGAAGACAUUUGGGGAGCUCGAGUAUGCUGUAGUUUAUCUAAUUUGACGCAUGGGUAAAAAUAAUUGUUUUAGAAUUAAAAAAUCAGAUGAUCAGUAAUGGUGAUAGAA